UUGCGGGGCGGGCUCAGCCAAUCGGCAGCAGCGGUGGGCGGACGCGGGCGGCAGAGGCGGUGCGGCGGAGGCGGAGCGGCCUCUGCGGCAGGAGGGAAGAUGGCGGACGAAGAGAAGCUGCCGCCCGGCUGGGAGAAGCGUAUGAGCCGCAGCUCAGGCCGGGUGUACUACUUCAAUCACAUCACUAACGCCAGCCAGUGGGAGCGGCCCAGUGGCAACAGCAGUGGCAGCGGCAAAAAUGGACAAGGGGAGCCCACCAGGGUCCGCUGUUCACACCUGCUGGUCAAGCACAGCCAGUCACGGCGGCCCUCAUCCUGGCGGCAGGAGAAGAUCACCCGAACCAAGGAGGAGGCCCUGGAGCUGAUCAAUGGCUACAUCCAGAAGAUUAAGUCUGGAGAGGAGGACUUUGAAUCUCUGGCCUCACAGUUCAGCGACUGCAGCUCCGCCAAGGCCAGGGGAGACCUGGGUGCCUUCAGCAGAGGUCAGAUGCAGAAGCCAUUUGAAGACGCCUCCUUCGCCCUGCGGACAGGGGAGAUGAGUGGGCCCGUGUUCACGGAUUCGGGCAUCCACAUUAUCCUUCGCACGGAGUGAGGGGUGUGGAUGGCCCAGGCCUGGCCCCCCGGGGGGAGACGGGUGGGACGGGGUGGCUGGGCCCGCAGACUCCGCUCCCUGCUGCCGGCCAACCAGUGGGGACCCCUCCCUUCUCCUGUCACACAGUAUUUAUUGAUCCCAGAAUGGCUGGGAGGGGGCCCUUCACCACUGGGUGCUCCCUGUCCGCUCCCGUUGGGGCUGUCCCUGCUAGACCCCCCUCCCCUUUAGGAAUCGACUUCAGAAGGGCACAGGGUGGAGAGGCUCCCUGGGCUCCCAGGGCCAGGGUUGGGAGUGACCUGUCCCAAAGAAAAGGCCUAGUUAGCUGAGCUGCCCCUGUGCCGCACCAGGUCCAGGAUGGGGGCAGGUGGGCCUUGAGUUUUGCUGGUUAGGCCGUGUUCCUCUGUUCAGUUGUAAAAAGCAGACGCUCCGCGUGGGGCCCAGGCUGCUGGCUGCUAUGGGGCCUCUCUAAGCAGCCAUGCAGCGCCUUCCCACCCUUGAUUAAACCUGGAACCACU